CCUCGAGCACCACCACCAACCCAUACAAUCAUCAAGUCAAUUGUCACUAAAAACAUCGAAAUCGUCUCUCUAACUGAUAAUCUACAUUAAAAUACCUCAAUUUCCACAAUGUCGUCUAACAAGGGCGUGUUCGAGCAGGGAUUUCAGCCCGAAGUGCAGCAUCAAGAAGUGCCUGGCCUCCAUUCCAAACUCGACCCACAACCAGAAAUCGACCACCUUCCCACACCCGAUGGCGGUCGCGAACUAUACAAGGCUGCGGGCAAGCUGAAGGGCAAGAAAGCCAUCAUCACAGGCGGAGACUCCGGUAUUGGUCGCUCAAUCGCAGUACUCUACGCUAUGGAGGGCGCCGACAGCUUCAUUGCAUAUCUUCCCCAAGAAGAAGAAGAUGCCAAGGAGACGGUCAAGUUGGUCGAGGCCAAAGGCCAGAAGUGCUACACGUACGCGACUGACCUGACGGACCGGGCAAACUGCAAAAAGGUCAUUGAAGAGGCAUUGAAGCAGAUGGGAGGCAUCGAUAUCCUAGUAAACAACCAUGCGUAUCAGAUGAUGGUUGAGGAUAUCAAGGACUUGGACGAGGACCAAUGGGUACACACCUUCAACACCAACAUCCAUCCUUUCUUCUACCUUUCCAAAUACGCUCUUCCGCACAUGAAAAAGGGCUCAACAAUCAUCAACAACGCCUCUAUCAACGCGUACAUCGGGCGCCCUGACCUGCUCGACUACACGUCCACCAAGGGCGCCAUCGUUGCCUUCACGCGCGGCCUGUCGAACCAAUACGUCAGCAAGGGUAUUCGCGUGAAUGCUGUUGCGCCAGGCCCCGUCUGGACGCCUUUGAUCCCUGCGACGAUGAAUGACGAGGCAAUUAAGCAGUUCACUGCUCCUAUCGGUCGGCCAUCGCAGCCUAGUGAGAUCGCGACUGUCUUCGUCUUCCUGGCAAGCAAUGACAGCAGUUCGAUUAGCGGUCAGACGAUCCAUCCCAACGGCGGUACGGUCGUUGGCGGAUAAGCGCGAGCAGUAUAUAGAGACGAAAAUAAUGCAUGUGCGACUUUAUAUCACGCUUUUAUGAUUGAAAAUUACAG